CCAUCAUCAUCAUCAUCAGAUCAUCAGACCCUCACUUCUUCCGCUAACCCUACCCCACGAUUUUCCUCAGAUCUUCUUCAACUUUGGGUUUUUACACACUCAGAUUCUAUAGACGAUCCUAAUCCGAUUUCAUCAACAAUCAACAUUACCAAUUUCUAUAGACGAUCCUAAUCCGAUUUCAUCAAGUUCCCGGCCAGAUCCCAUUCAAUGGCGGUUGCAGCCCGCGGCGGCCGGGGCGGCGGAGGAUCCGGUGGCGCUCUCCGCAACUUCUUCUCCUACCGGAUCUUCAUCUCCGCCGUGUUCACUCUCCUCUUCCUCGCCACUCUUUCAGUCUUAUUUACCCCAGGCCCUCCCGCCAAUUACGAUUCCACAACAGGGAACGCCUAUGUGCAGAGGACGUUUAUGGCAUUGCAGUCAGAUCCUUUAAAGACUAGGUUAGAUUUAAUUCACAAACAGGCAAACGAUCAUAUUGCACUUGUGAAUGCAUACGGUGCUUAUGCGAGGAAACUCAAGAUUGAGAUAUCCCGGCAACUUCGCAUGUUUGAAGACUUGGCAAAGAACUUAGUGGAACUUCAGCUGAGGCAGAAUCGUAAAUCAUUAUUGGAACCUGAUGGACCUGUGGAUGAGGAUUUAUUGCGGCAGUUUGAGAAAGAAGUGAAGGACAAAAUUAAAACUGCCAGGUUGAUGAUUGUUGAAUCUAAAGAAUCUUAUGACAAUCAGUUAAAGAUCCAGAAGCUUAAAGACACUAUAUUUGCAGUUAAUGAGUUACUCAUUAAGGCAAAAAAGAAUGGUGCAUUUGCCCACUUAAUUGCUGCCAAAUCAACCCCAAAAGGUUUGCAUUGUCUCUCUAUGCGACUCAUGGAAGAAAGAAUUGCACAUCCAGAAAAGUACAAAGACGAUGAACCAGCAGCUGAAUUUGAGGAUCCUACUUUGUACCAUUAUGCAAUUUUUUCAGAUAAUGUGAUUGCAGUUUCUGUGGUGGUGAAUUCAGUGGUUAAGAAUGCACUUGAUCCUUCCAAACAUGUAUUCCAUGUUGUCACAGAUAGGAUGAUUCUUGCUGCAAUGAAGGUUUGGUUUAAGAGGAGGCCUGUUGAAAAGGGUGCACAUAUUGAGAUAAAAGCUGUUGAGGAUUUCACAUUUUUGACCCCUACUUAUGUGCCAGUAUUACGACAGGAUGAACAUGCCAACAAGGCUAAAAGUACAUCCAAGGAUGCAAACACCAUGAAAUUUAUGGGUCCCAAAUACUUAUCAAUGUUACAUCACCUCAGGUUUUACUUGCCAGAGAUGUAUCCGAAACUUAACCGCAUCUUGUUCCUUGAAGAUGACGUUGUGGUUCAGAAGGAUUUAACAGCAUUAUGGAAAAUCGAUAUGGAUGGGAGAGUGAAUGGUGCUGUGGAGACUUGCUUUGGGUCCUUCCAUAGAUAUUCCCAAUAUUUGAACUUCUCUCACCCUCUUAUUAAGCAAAAGUUUAAUCCCAAGGCUUGUGCUUGGGCUUUCGGAGUGAACAUGUUUGACCUUGAUGCGUGGAGAAGUGAAAAAUUAACUGAAAAGUAUCACUAUUGGCAGAAUCAAAAUGAGGAUGAGAGUCUAUGGGAAUCAGGGACGCUGCCACCAGGGCUGCUUACGUUCUACUCAACAACAAAAUCUUUGGAGAAAUCAUGGCAUGUGAUGGGACUUGGGUAUAACCCAAGUGUAAGCAUGGAUGAGAUUAACAAUGCUGCUGUGAUCCACUACAACGGAAACAUGAAACCAUGGCUAGACAUUGCUCUUAACCAGUACAAGAACCUAUGGAUCAAAUACGUUGACUAUGAAAUGGAAUUUGUUCAGAUGUGCAAUUUUGGUCUAUAGUUGAGGGAAUUUCUGUCAAACCACCCCCAGUGAGGUAAUUAAUACACACAGCAGGCAUGUGCUUCAAUAAUUUCACAGUAUUCCCCCCAUUUAGUUGUUGUUGUUGUUACGCUUCAGGGCGAAGUCUGUUCUGUCCUGUCAUCGGUUGGAAAGCUCAUCCCAUUCUUUUGUGCCCCUCGUUAGUGCGUUUAGAUUAGUUGAUUGAUCGAUCCUCCUAAGCUGAAGUUCAUUAUAUAUUUUUAUCAGAUUUAUGUACACGUCAGGAUUAAUUCUUUUUGUAUGAUCCACCACUCUGGUUGGUGAUAUAUAUAGUGGCUUAUUUUAGUUA